AUGGCAAGCGUCGACUACGUAUUCAAGACGGUCAAUUAUGGCGCCCAGACGGUCAACCUGACAGCUACUGUGCACCUACCUGAAGGCAACACUUCUGUGAAGGCGAUUGCGCUAUACUUCCACGGAGGCGGCUACAUCGUCGGUAGCCGAGCAAUGCUACCAGCUGCGCAUAUCGAAGCCUUGAACGAAAGUGGUUUCAUCGUCGUAUGUUCGGACUAUCGUCUAGGCCCUACCAUCUCCGCCCUAGAGGGUCCAGUCAGCGAUUCAGUUGCCGCGUAUGAAUGGGCGCAGGACGAGCUUCCCACACUCCUAGAGAAAGAACAUAAUAUCCGAGUGGAUGGCCAAAACAUUGUCACCCUCGGUCACUCUUGUGGUGGUGGCCUUGCUCUGUUGAUGGCUUCUCGCCCUAAACCACCCAAGGCCAUUCUUGAUCUAUUCGGAUUCAAAUACCUCCGUGAUCCCUUCUAUCACACCGGCACGAGCACUCAACCCCAACCUGGUGCGCCUGCUCUACCCUCCGACGAAUUCAUCAACCAAGUCUUUAACGAGGUCCCUCCGCCGACCGCCGCACGUCCUCCAUUCGGUCCUUAUGGACUCGAUUUGAGCACGCCGCGACAGGCUUAUCUAAUCACUUCAGUUAGGAAGGGUACCCAGUUUGACGCAAUCAUCGCCGAGGACGAGUAUGAUCGGGUGGACCCUGGGAAAUUGUUGACGACUCCCAAUUUCCCACCGACAUGUUUCGUGCAGGGAACGGCGGAUGUCGUUGUUGACGCAAAGUUCUCCCAGUGGGCAUAUGCAGAAUUGCAGAACAAUGGGGUACAGAGUGAGCUGUAUCUUGUCGAUGGUAUGGCUCAUGGAUUUGACGCUAGAUUGAAGCGUGAGGAUGCUGCUUUUGGGCCUAUCCAGAAAGGCGUGGAUUUUCUGGCGAAGCAUGUUGUGGGCUGA